AUGGACUACGCUCAUAGUAUGAUCAAAAAGCUGAAAUGUGUUCAUGACUCGAUCAACCCUGCUACUCGAUCAGGAGCAAUCGACGUCAUCGUUGUUGAACAACCAGAUGGUGAAUACAAAUCCACACCAUUCCAUGUUCGUUUCGGAAAGUAUGGAGUCUUCAGUUGUAGCGACAAAAUCGUGGAUAUUGAGGUUAAUGGGAGAUCAAUAGAUUUGAAAAUGAAGUUGACGGAAAAUGGGGUAGCCGUGUUUAUGGAUGAGGAUACUGAUGAGAAUGGGCUGAUUGAAAGAAUAUAUCAUCAGGAGAGAGAUGUGGAUCAAGCAGAGAGUAAUUGUGAAUUAGAAAAAACGGAAAAAGAACAUUCCGAAUUCAAAAUCAAAGAAAGAGUUAGAAAGACUUCGACAAGUUUAAAGGAUCUAAAGACAGCGGAAAAAGAAAUUGAAGAACCAUUGAGUGACGACGACUUGGAUGAAAACCUCGAUCCGGAUCUAAUCGAACAUCUUCUGCUAUCUUCGGAAAAGCUUAAAUCAUUGGGAUUGUCUCUUGGAUGCAACGAACUCCGUUUUCAAACCACAACUAAACUACAAGGAACUGCAUGGUGUGUUUCCAAUAUCUACCUUUACAAAUGGUACGAACAACUUGUAAUCUCUGAUAUCGACGGAACGAUCACAAAGUCUGAUGUUCUGGGACACGUACUUCCAGUGGUUGGUGGUACAUGGGCUCACAACGGAGUUGUAGAAUUGUACAAUCGGAUAAAGAAUAAUGGAUACAAAAUGAUUUAUUUAUCUUCAAGAGCAAUUGGUCAUAGCCAUUUGACAAAGGAAUACUUGAAAAGUGUGACUCAAAAUUCAGAACAUUUACCAGAUGGACCAGUAUUGUUGUCACCAACUAGCACAAUGAGAGCAUUGAAAAGAGAAGUCAUUGAUCGCUGCCCAGAAGAAUUCAAAAUCGCAGCACUGUCAGAACUAAAGAAACUGUUCCCGAGUCCCAACCCAUUCUAUGCUGGAUUUGGAAAUCGUGACACUGACGUCAUUUCAUAUAAAGCAGUAGCUGUUCCAACUGCUCGAAUCUUAAUAAUUGAACCCAGUGGAACGAUAAAAAGAUGGGACUCUUCUAGACUCGAACCCAGUUAUACAUCAAUUGCCACGGAUUCAGUGGAUUAUAUGUUUCCUCCUCUUCCAUUUCAUUUGAAAGACCACAAUGUCAAAAAAGAGCGGCAUACAUCUGCAUGGAGUAAACCGUUGAAUCACAGUAACUUCACACACUGGCAUGUAAUACCUGAAGACGUUCACGAUGAGGAGUUGAAGGAGUACGAGGAGAAGAGGAGUGAGCUAAUUGCUCAGCACAAAUCAAAAAGUAAAUUCUCAGGUGUUUUGUUUAGCUCUACCUGA